GUGGUUUAAGAAAACAACAGCUGCGGAGCUAGUUCGCGCUUAGUAAAAAAAACCUAGGCCUCGAAAUGCGUUGUGUUCAUACGUGAGAAGUGAGACACCUGACCAUGGCGCUUCUACAUAGCGCCUUUGCCUUUCUCGUUACCGUUACCUACGUCUAUGCUGCUCCGCAAAUGCCGCCAGCAUAUUGCCUCGAGCGACCUAUUAAAGGUGGAUGCCGCGAAAUAAAUCAAUCAUGGUAUGUAGAUCCCAGUACCAAACAAUGCGUCGCGCAACGCCAGGUGCUUUGCGGUGGAGGACAAGGUGGCUUCCAAACAAGGCAGUUGUGCAUGGAUUGCCAAAACAAUUCAGCGAAAAAGGGCCCAAGUGCGUGCCCUCCGAACCCCUUCCUCGGUGGUUGCCAGCCAAGAAUGCACCGUUGGUUCUACGACUCUAACUACAAGAGCUGUCGGGCGUUUCAACACGGAGAAUGUAGUGGAGGGCGCAACCACUUUGUAACUGAAUAUCAGUGUAGAGAAGUGUGCGUGCCUGGUGUGGUGAAACCACCAGACAGAUGUCAGAAGCCGCUGGUUCGAGGCCAAUGCCAGGAAUUACAUCGCUUUUGGCAUUAUAAUUUUCAAAAGAACGAUUGCUUCAAGUACAAGCCAGGUCUUUGCGGUGCUGGGAAUAACAUGUUCGUGACAAAACAGAGCUGUUUGAAUGCGUGCCAAAAGUCUGCUGGAAAAAAAUCACCUGGAUGCUUAGCUACACCACGCUCUGGCAGCUGCCUAUCUAACAGGCUCGCAUGGUUUUUCGAUUAUAAAGUCGGGCGCUGCAGGAUGUUCAGGAACGGAGAUUGCGGCACAGGAGCAAACUAUUUCGCAAGCGAACGGAAGUGCAAGCAAGAGUGCCUUCAGGUAUUCCUCAACGGCUAA